GACUCCGAGCGUAAUAUAGCAGUCACAACUAGCCUGCGCUAGAAAUAGGUUUAUAUUUCCAAUCAUUUUUUAAUGUACAUCCUAGACAUUAGCAUGGUCCUAGUGAAGUAAAACAGCCCGUUUUAAUUUACCCAAUUGCCAUCAAAGUAGUUUUGAAAACGAAAAGCUAUGGAAGCAGUGAAUGCGUUCAACAUGGAGCUGUUCUCCAUGAUUGACCUAAAGCCUCCCAUAUCUCGUGCCAAAAUGAUGUCUGUGACAAAAUCGGCCAUCAAAGCUAUCAAGUUCUACAAACAUGUUGUCCAGAUUGUGGAAAAAUUUAUUAAGAAGUGCAAGCCAGAAUUAAAGGUUCCUGGUCUAUAUGUGGUUGAUUCCAUCGUUCGACAGUCGCGCCAUCAGUUUGGAGUUGACAAAGAUGUAUUUGGUCCAAGAUUUUUGAAAAACUUCACAGAUACUUUCCAAAAUCUUUACAGCUGCCCAGAUGAUGAUAAGAGCAAAAUAGUACGUGUUCUAAACCUUUGGCAGAAGAAUGGUGUGUUUGAAAUGGAUAUUCUUCAGCCCUUGAUGGACAUGUCUCAUGAUGCAGUGGCACCUUCCCCAGCACUUAAAGUACCCAUUGAACCCCAACCAGAGGUACAGCCCACUGUCACAAGCGCCACUCAUUUGCCUGCCACACAGCAAUUGGCCACCCAUGAUGCCUUAGCUGCAGUAGCACAGCUGAUUUCGUCUUCACAAGGUCAAGAGCUGCAGAGGUUGCUUCAGAAUCUUCAGCAGGCAGACAAAAACUUGUCAACCAUCAUCAGCGACAAUCUACCAACUGCACCCCAGUUGUCUACCCCCCAGCUCAAUUCCCACAACAAUGCCGGCAUGGAGAAUAAAGGCUCAUUUGCAGAGAAACUCUUGGAUCGUUUUGACUAUGAUGAUGAACCUGAGGAUGUCCGUUCACAUGAGCUGACUGGUCAUACACAAUGGACAACUGAAAACACAAUAAACAACUUCAAUGGUCAGAUGCCCAAUACAGGACAUGUUUUUCCACAUAUGAUGGCACCGAUAGACGGUUUCCAGGUGUCAGGUGCUGCAAUGGGUCAUAUGGAACACGUCAGGAUUUCUGAUGGACACCGUUUUAGAGAUGAUGGUUCUAAUUCACAGGGGAACUCAAGAGAGGGCUCCACACAUGAGGGACGACACAGAGGCUAUGGCAGAAGAACACAGUCCAGGUCACGUUCUAGAUCCCCCAGAAGAAGAAGUUCAAGGUCCUCCUCGCAUUCAAGGCGGUUGCGCCAAAGGCGUUCUCGCUCUCGUUCCAGAGACAGACGUCGUAGAUCAACUUCAGAGGACCAAAAUGAAAGACAGAAGGACAGAGAACGCAGACAGAAAGGACUACCGAGCUUAAAGAAAGAAACAUUAAAUGUUUGCAGCACUACACUUUGGGUUGGACAGUUGGACAAGAAAACACAGCAGUCUGAUGUGAUGUCUCUGUUUGAGGAGUUUGGUCAGAUUGUGUCCAUCAAUAUGAUUCCUCCAAGGGGUUGUGCCUAUAUUGUUAUGGUCCACAGACAAGAUGCCUACACAGCUCUGAAAAGACUCAGUCGAGGGUCUUACAAAGUGCACCAGAAACCAGUUAAGGUUGCCUGGGCAUUAAACAAAGGUAUAAAAGCAGCACAUAAGAAGUUGUGGGAUGUGGACGAGGGAGUUACGUGUAUUCCUUGGAGCAAAGUCAAAGUUGAGGAGCUGGAGAGCUAUCGAGAAGGAGGAAUUCUGGACAUGGAAACUCUUAAUCCAGAGUGGAAUAUCAGCCAGGACAUCAAUAAGCAGCCCAUCGAAAAUGGAGAACUGGAGAGUGUACCAGCAGAUGGAAUGAUCCCUACGCAAAUACAGGUGCCAGCUGUUGAACAGGUAGAGCCCAUUAGAAGUCCUGCCUUUUCAAGCCCCAUUAUGAUGUCACCGACCGCUGUGCCUGCAGGAGGAGCUGUGUUCAACCCUACAGACCCAGCAACGUUGACAACAGCUACAGGAUUUAAAUCUCAAGAAGAGCCUAUUUCAGAAACUACACGAGACAAAAACCAUCCCCCACACUCCAGAAUUGACACCCGUUUGCCCAGCUCUCCCAUAGCACCACCAAUCUCUCUGCCAGGGCCACCAAUGAUGCCAGGUCCUCGACCUAAUAUGCCCCCCAUGCCACGCCCCCAUGGAAUUCCAAAUCCUCAUCUGCCACCGUUCUUUUCACCUCAAAACAGACCCCACAUGCCCCCACGAGUGUUGCCCGGGGGGCCCAUGUUUGCAGCAGACAGGUUCAGAAUGCCCCCAGCUUUCUCUCCCCCAGGCCCACCUUUCCAAAGAUUUCCCCCGAUGAGGCCGGAGCAGAGGUUUUUCCAAAAUGCAAGUCCAGGAUUUGGCCCACCUUUUCCCAGCGGGAGGUGGAGAUGAACCUGGACCUUCUAGAAUAGUCCAAACUGUAAAUACAAAAAUGUAUGUUUAGAAGUAUUUUUGAAGAAAAAAUAGAAAGAAACCAUUAGCCACAUUUUGUGUUCUCUGAUUCACACUGAUUCAACUUAGUUCUUUGGGAAAAAAUAUUGUAGUAAUACCCAAUCUCAGAGAUGUUAAUAAUGUUCUUUGUUUAAAAGAAUCUUGUUAAAGUCUGUAAUUUGAUUUUUUUUAAAGGGGUUUUUUAGGACUUUUUUCUCCCCUCUUUUUUGGUUUGGCAAAGGACUGUAAGAACCAAUGGGAUACACGUUACAUUUUUUUAUUGUGUACAAAAUAUCAUACAAAUAACCUUGAGUUCUUUUGCGGGAGAAGACAUUUUCCUGUUCUGCCAGUAGAGGGGAGACUAAACCCUGAUCCUAACUGACAGGUCGGUGUGAAAUGAAUAUUAAAAAAGAGACAGCGA